AUGGGACCAGUCAUGCAACGCGGCAGUCAUGGCAACAUAUGUCUGCAGACCGCUGACUGCAGGAAGCAUGAAAACAUUAACUCUAACAACUUUCCCAGCAACUUUUCAGGUGUUUGUUUGAAAGCUAAGGUAGGUUAAACUUGCAGUCAAGUAUGUUAAGUUACUGUAACAAACUGUGGUAGCGGUUCAACAGGUGACUUGAGCGAAAUACAGUCAGAGCUUGACUGUCGUUAAAAGGGGAUGAGCGUCAUCGUUAAUUAGCUAAGCUAGCAGGCUAACUAAGCUGCUAGUUUGGUUAACGUUACUCUGACGCAUAUGUCGGUAAAAUGAACUGUAUUCUCAUGAUGUGAACAACAUGGACGUGUGUUGGUGAACGUAAUUUACCACCGUUUGCUCAGUUGCCAACUCAACAAAGCUAAAAGUGGCUCGCGAACAUGUCCGGGGAGCGCGCGCCUUUGCCAGCCGGGAGUAACGGCCUGCUCCGGGGAAACCGUACGAGGUCUUACGGUAGCCUGGUUCGGUCUCCGCUCUCUCCGGUUCGACAGAGACGCAUUGAACACAAAAUUCAGCCGGGAGAAACACUACAAGGCCUGGCCCUGAAAUAUGGAGUGUCUAUGGAGCAAAUCAAAAGAGCGAACAGGAUGUACACCAACGACUCCAUAUUCCUGAAGAAGUCCUUGUCCAUCCCGGUGAUGUCAGACUCUGACCAGUGUGUGAACGGGGUGGAUUUGAAUUUAGAGGACAGUGAAGAAGACAAUGCUGGCAGAGGUUCGGCUCAGAAUGGGCACACGGAGCGCUCCUCUGAGGAGAAGCGAGAUGAUGGCAGUGACAUCGUGUCAGACCUCACUCCGGUGGAUUUUCUGAAAAGGUUGGAUGGUUUGAUAAGCCAGUCCAAGCAGGCUGCUGUCAAAGGAUGCCAGGAUGCGGAGAGAAGGGUUGCCGCCCUGGAAGCAGCUUGCCUCAGCAGGACGUCAGACUGGCGGCCACUCACAAGGUCACAGAGUGCCACUUCAUCUUCCACACUGCAGCAGCAGGCGCCACAUGGAGCAGUACCCCUAACUAUCACCAAACUCACUAAGAAACUGAGAGACAGGGAAGAUGAGAUCUUCCAGCUGUGACCUAUUGUUUCUGCUGUGUCACUCUGAUCAUUUGAGAAACUUUUGGCAGAGCGCCGCAGGAUUUGGCCUUCAGGAUGAAAGAGCAUUACGGAUAAAGGAAUAUAUCUCCAGUGAUACCCCUGCUGCUGUAUGGACUUGGAGCUUGAAAGUAUUUUUUUUAAAUUGCCAUUUAAUAUAGAUGGGAAGUUACACUGUCUUGUAUCAGGUUUUUAAAAGAAAAAUUGCACUUGUGUAGCCUUUUUUAAUUUAUUUGUUGGAACAAGCUUUAGAUUUAAAAAAAAAAGCUCCAUAUUCUCUUACAGCUGCGUUUGGCUUGUUCUCACAAGCCGGAAAAAGAGUGUGAACUGUUCAAAAUUAGAAUUUGCGGUCACAUGUUGGUUCUUAGUCACGUGACUCUUCAUAUGGUGGUUCAACAUGUGGUUUGUGUGUAAUGCUACCUCACAGCUUGUUAAUGCAAAGUUGUCUCACUAAACCCUUCUGCUACGGUAUGUUAAGUAUGAAAUCACCCUGAAAUUGUUCUGUAACUGCUGAAGAGUGGAAUCUUUAAUAAGAAAGGAGCCUUUUAGAGUAUACAUUGACGGCACUCUUUUAUUGUUUGUAAUGGGCAUAUUUUUUAUUUCAGAAGAUUUGUGUAGCUCAUUUUAAAACAACAAUAAUAAUAAAAAGUCUGUUCAGU